GGCAAAUCUGUGUUUGAAGUUAUGCAUGACAUGGCAUAUUGUUUAUAUGUAUAUGUGUCUUCCUAUCAUUUCAUUAUCUUCAUAAAAUUAUAGUUUCAAACGUCAACGAAAGUUAUCAACAAUUAUGCUAAAUUUGCACUGAACAAUAAGACACUAUACAUAUUGCGUAACAAUAAAAAUUGUUAGUGAACUGUGAUCUUUAUUCGAUAAAAUUACAUCAUAUUAACUUUUAAUUAUUAAAUAAUCUGUCAGAAAUAAUUUUAAAAAUCGCCUAAAAAAUGAAGUGGUUUGAUGGAAGCAUUCAAGAAGCAGUUCUUGCAUCUAAAAAGAAAAAAGCAAUUUUUGUUGCUUUUAUUGAAGGAAAAGAUGAAUUAUCCACUCAAUUUGCGGAAACUAUUCAAUCUGCAGAAAUAUCUUCACGUUUGGAGCAAGAUCACUUUGUUGCAAUUAAAAUAGAGAGUGGCACAGAAACGUACAGAUUUUUUGCACAAAUAUAUCAAGUGGUUCCUGUUCCGUGUAUUUAUUUUAUCGAUACAGCUGGUUUGGCAAUAGAAGUUAUUGCGAGUAAUUAUCAAAUUCCAGAGGUAGCAGCAAAGAUCGAUGAUCUGUUGGUGAAACAAGGAAAAAGUGCUUCAGGCUCGUCAACUUCUUUAAUACAGUCGGAACAAAAAGCGAGUUCAGAAAAUUCUCAGGCAAAUGUUACAAGUACAGAAAGUACUUCAGCAGCUCCACCAGCUACUUCGGAAUUAACACAUGAGGAAAAGGUGAAACGAGCACAGCAGUUGAUUGAAUUGCAGAAGAAGCAGCGAAUCGAGGAGGAAAUAAAGAAAGAAAAGGACAGAGAAUUAGAACGUAGGAAGAGAGAGCGAGAGAUGCAGGAAAUGCGUUUAAAACAACGUGAUCUGGAAAUAAAACAGUCGCAUGAAGAGAGACUGAAAGAAAAAGCUGAAGAUGCGGCUGCAAGAGAAAGAGUUAGACAGCAAAUUGCACAAGAUAAGUUAUUGCGGAAGGAGAGAGAAUUAGCUCUUAAGAAACAGGCUGAUCAACAAUCAUCCGAAAAACAACAAAUCAUAGCACCGGUUGUAACAAAUCAUGAUUCAUCUCUCGCUAGAAUUCAAUUCAGACUGCCGUCCGGUGGUACACACAUGGGACAAUUUGAACCCACGGUCACUCUUGGAACAUUGCGAAAUUACGUAUCAACUAAAAUUGAAAUUCCCUUUCAACAAUUUACACUUUCCACUUCUUUUCCACGAAAGGACCUCCUUUCCGAAGACGACAACAAAUCUCUCAUAGAGUUAGGAUUGACUCCAACGUGUGUGAUUUUGGUCUUACCUUUAAAUUCGAAUUCAAAGUCAAUUAUAUCUUCUUCGAAUGACGUAGGCUUCUUAUCUCGCAUUAUAUGGACUAUUUUCAGUCCAGUCAUUGGAGUAUAUAAUUAUGUAAUGCGAUAUUUUUUCAAUCCCAAUAGAGGACCAGGAAGAUCACAAAAUGAUGAGACUAAUUCGGGAGAAUUUAGUGAUAGUGGUAAUGAAAAUUCACAGGAUGCUUCAAAUAUGCAACGAAUGGGAGGUCUUCACAGAAGAAAUCCACCGUCUGGAAGUACGAAAGUGUAUAAAGUUCAAGGCAACAUACAUAGACUCCAUUCGCCUAGAGACGAUGACGACGAGAACAAUACAUGGAAUGGAAAUUCCACGCAACAAAUGUAAUAUUUAUUGUCAGAGUACUCACAUUUUAGAUAUUAUCUAAUCCACCCAGUGAGAAAUUUCUCAUGGGGCCAAAGUUGGUCCAAUAUUUGGAGCCAGUACUCCGCAUAUCGGACCAAGUAUGGGCCAUUAUUAGACCAAUAUUGAACAAAUUAAUUCCCAGACUUGGCAAAUCCAUAGCCAUUCCAAGUCAAUUUUGGUCUAAUAUUGAUCGCUAACAUGUUAUAUUUGAAUGAGCGUUUAAGAAAUUAAAAGUGAUAUAUUCAGCAAUAAUUACAGAUAACGAUAUAACUAGAUUUAUUUGAAUUUAUUUUCAAUAUACAUACUUCAAUGUACUUUAAAAGCAUUUUCAAAAUGUGUAAUGUGUGAGAAAUUUACUUUGUGGAGAAAAUUAAUUUGUUUUAAGUUAUAGAAAAGAAAAAUAUAGACACACCGUUUUAAAAAAAUUUUUUGUAUCAUGUGUAAUGAAUGAGAUAAUAUUAAUAUUCAUUGUUUUUACUUGAUCUUUAGUGUUAUAUGAGGUCGUUUGCUUUAAUAUUAUUAUUUCUAUUUUAUUUGGAUAUUCAAUAUCCGGCGAUAUUUUACGAAGAUUAUUAUAAUAAAAACGUAAAUGUGUAUUUAAUUUCACGAAUUACUUAGUUUUUCUUCACGAUAAUAGGUUAAAUUAUUGAUGUUUUUCUGUAUAUAAAUGAAUAGUUCGCGAAAGAGCUUUCAAAGUUCUUUUUAAUUUACCUAUUGUUCUAUAUUAACAAAUUUAAAAGCUCUCCUAUUGUUAUUAUUUUAAUAUUUUUCUUGUAAAUAUAUUAAUUAAUUAUGAACAGGAAUAUUUUCAUUGAGCGAUAUAAUAAAAAAUUUGAACCCAAGA